AUGCACCAUGCGGCCAUGCCUGCAGCCGUGGAGUCUAUUUCGCCAAUUCAGGAGUCGAAGUGCGCUGCGCAGACUACUGAGAUGGAUUUCCAUCUCCCCUCUGAUGUUCCUAUCUCUGAUUCAUCUCCUCCUGAAUCCUCGAUUCUGGCUCUGCACGAAAGACUCAAUGGGACCUGUCACCUGCCUUUUCUUCCAUUCUCUUGA